UGUAUAUCUUUCUGGGAAAGUAAGACCUUUUGAGUAUAAUGUGACCAAUGGAUGAGUUUCGCCUAUGCUGCACGAUGACGACGCAACAUGGGUCUUUAAUGAGGCACAGCAUCGACGAGGAUCCGUCGCAGAAUUCAAAGGCGGAUCAAUGCAAGCACGACACAUUGCAAUACACCAAAGACCCCUCCUGCAUCAUACAUACUAACUAGAUAGUCAGACCAUAUUGACGCCGCUAAUGGCCCGGAACUCUAGACCCUGCAUUACACAAGGAGGAUUUUCUGCUAGCACUAGCGGAAUCAUGCUCAAAUCCAAGUUCCAGCGGCCGCGGGAAACUACAAAGCUGAUUUGAAGACCUUGAAGACUGAAACAAAUAAACGAGA